AUGGUAUCAGUUCGAGUAUGGGACUUGGGUAUAUUUGUCCCCAAUGUAUUAUUCCUUUUAUUUCUUGGACUUCAUUUCAGCCGAGCUCAGAUUAAACUAAGAACUACAAGUAGUCCAAUAUUUUGGGCAUUUUAUCUUUUGGUUUUUGUCAGUGCUGUUGUGAGUGUGACCCGUUGCAUAGUUUCUAUGACAGUGAAUGCAGCAAUGUUUACUGGAGACUUGGUUGAUAAGGUCCUGUGGGUAGUUGUACGAUUCUCUCUUCUUUCAACAGAAAUCAGUGUGCUUAUAUUUGGAUUAGCAUUUGGACAUCUGGAUAGUAACACAAGUAUCAGGCGGGUUCUGUUUGUCACGUUUUUUAUCUCGUUGGCCUACUCCAGUACACAGGUAAGUUGCUUAUGUUGUAAUUCCUAACUUGUAGAGUCUGUAAUUAAUGAGAAUAAAUCUGUGUGAUUACCACAUUGAUUUUUAGAUCUAUUCAUUACCACAUUGAUUUUUAGAUCUACUCAUUACCACAUUAAUUUUUAGACUUACUUGUUACCAUGUUGAUUUUUAGAUCUAUUCAUUACCACAUUGAUUUUUAGAUUUAUUCAUUACCACAUUGAUUUUUAGAUUUACUUGUUACCAUGUUGAUUUUUAGACUUACUUGUUACCAUGUUGAUUUUUAGAUCUACUCAUUACCACAUUGAUUUUUAGAUCUACUCAUUACCACAUUGAUUUUUAGAUCUACUCAUUACCACAUUGAUUUUUAGAUCUACUCAUUACCACAUUGAUUUUUAGACUUACUUGUCACCAUGUAUGAUUUUUAGUUUUGAUUAGGUAACUUACUCUUGUUGAAGUAAUAUUAAUCAACAUUUUUUUAGCUAAACUGAUGAAAUUAUAUCUUUAAGUAGUGUAAUAUUAGUUAGUUGUAAAUAUUCCUACUUUUAAGUCUCAUAAAUUACAAGUAGGUCUAAAUAUCUGAAAUGCAAAGUUUUAUCUAGGCCUAACUUAGAAGUAAAAUUAUCCCCGUUUCCAGUUACAAAUAACCCGUAAUUGUCUCAUACUUGCAAUUAAUCAGUUUUGUUUACCCAAAUAUAAUUAACUGAUACUUGAUUAAUUGGUCUUUAAUCUGAUUAAAUUAUGUGAAUGAAACAUAGAUCAAAAAGC